CGAAGAUAAGAGCUAUGGCUGAACCCUAGGAGCCACUCGUCCAGAAAGUGCUGGCCAGUCAGUCGUUAGCCAUCGGUCAAGAUGCCACCUCCAGGACGUGGCUACGGAGGACCACCUCGCCAGGGUCCAGGAAUCGCCUACGGACCACCGCCGCCUCGUGUAAAUGUCGGUAUCAACAUUGGAGGACCACCACGUCCACCUCCCAUGGGAGUGGGCAUUGGAUUUGCUCCUCCGCCCGUAGUGAUUGCUCCGCCGCCGCCGCCAGCUGUGAUCAUUGGAGCCCCGCCACCGCCCGUGGUUGUGGGUCCGCCGCCCAUGAGACAGACUGUUGUGGUGGGUGCCCAGCCGCCAGUAGCCACAGUGUAUGCCCAACCCUCUGGAGAGGUCUUCUGCUGCACGAUUCUCUGAUUUUUGAUCGAAAAUGGAAAACUGUGUAUUUGUGUGUUGCUAUAUAGAAUUAUGAACUAUGUUUGUACGAUUUAUAUUAGUGAAAUAAAAUAAUUUAUUCGUGUUACUGUUAUGUUAAAUAAAAUAUACUAUUAUUGGAAAAAGAGGCUAGAAUUGAGGAAUAUUUGAGACGAAAUACAACUCUUAAUAAUAUAAAUAGAAAAACUUCCUUAUGCCUGUCACAACUUUGUUGGUUUGAAAAUAUAAAGUUAUUGCUCUAUUUUGUAUUUCAAUAUUAAGUUUAUAACUAAUAAUUGCUGCACCAUAAUUUAAUAUUUCCCUGAUGAUUUUCUCAUUUUCCAAUAAUAUUCCCGACAAAUAUAUUAAA